CUCUCUCUCUCAAAUAAAUGUUAAAAAAAUAGGAACAUUAGAGAAAUUUAUUAAAUAAAGACAAUGUGAUAGAAAUAGAUCUAGUACCUAGAUUAGAGUAGGCAUUUAAAUAGCUGGUUUUCGUAUUAUUAUAUUCAAAUUAUUUAGGAUAUAAAACUUCGGGCUUAAAAUUCUAGAUUAUCUUUUUGAAAUGAUGAAAAUUUUCUAAUGUGUACUGUGAUGGUUGCUUAACAGCAAACAUAGUAAAAACCAUUGAAUUGUAUAAUAUAAAUAGGUGAGUUGGAGGUUAUUUGCAUUACAUCUUAAUAAAACUUGUACCAAAAAGUUCUAGCAGGUAAAAAAUUCUUAAAAUGUUAGUGAUAUUUAAAUGCUGAAGUCCGCUAGUUUGUUUUUACUGACUUAUUCCAACACAAUAUCAAAUAUUCUGUAGUGGGUUGGUAGUAAAUCCCUAUUGGUAAGAGAAUUUAUUACCGCUUUAUUGUUGUUUAUCUUUAAAGGCCUGAUAGCUGAGACAUUCAGUCAACAGGAAAAUAUGAAUGAUUCGAGGCAGCAAUCAUUGUUCUUCAUCACAUCUCCAGAUUUACACAAACUCUGUGCUGUCAGGAUAAUACUGAGUAAUGGGGUGGCGGAUACUGAGAUUAGAAGUACGCAAAUGAAGAUGUGCAGGCAAUUGCUGUUUUUGCACCAAGAUAUUCUUACAUCACCUGUGCCUGGAAUAUUAAACCAAAUUUGGGUAGUGAUGGCGAUACCAUUUUAUAAAGCUGGAAAACUUAAUGCCUAUAUUGAAAAACACGGAGCUAAAGUGGAGGCUCCACAGAGAGUAAUCCCUGUAAUUCUUCAAAACUGCCUUUCAUACUCACUCAUGGCUAGGCUUGCUCCAGCCUGGAAUAAAACUGGCCAUCUCUUGGUGCAAGGACGAGAAUUUCUUUCUCAGAUGGGAAAGCAAAGUGCUGUUGUAUUAGACAUCAAUGUAACUGAAACUCAAGUUUGUCUAAGUAUAGAAGCUUACACAAUCAGACUGCCACCACCUGAGCUAAGAGAAUUUGAUAUUUCUCAGAGUGUUAUAAAGGAUUUUGAUACUAACAAGAAUGCCAUCAUUGAAGGACAUUCAAUUUUAAGCAACUGGUGCUACGUUUUGCCAAGUAUGAAAAGGGGACAAAUAAUAAGUAUUCUUCACACCAUACCCCCUGACUGUCCUUUUCAUUCAUAUGAAGAUUUCCAGAUGCACUGGGAUGACCUGUAUGGCUAUAAACUUCCAGAAGAUUGUGGAAAUAUUAAAAUAUACUGCAGCAUCUACUUCAAAAUGAUAGGAGAAAGGAUCUUCACAUAUCCUUUACACAUCAUAUACCCUCUCAGCUGCAUCAGAAGUCAGCCUAUACAGUUCUUUCCAAGAGUAGAUUUGGAAGGUGUGUUGCAAAGUUUCCUUUCAGAUUUAAAAUCUAAACUGCCUCGUAUAUGUGGCUUUCCCAUAAAGAUGACAACGAAACCAUGCUACUACACACAAGAACUAAUGAAGCCUCAUGUACAGGAAAACAAAGUCAAGGCGCCUAAUCUGACCACUAAACAAGUGUUUAGGUCCUCUCUGACUCGGGCCCCUUGCACCAGACCUGUCCUGGCUCAGUGUCUUGUACCAGGUUCAGGAGCCAUGAACCACAGGAUGGAGAUUCCAGGCAGCCAGCUGAAGAAAACCUGGGUGUCCUCAGCACUGCACCUCCAGCAGCAGUCUGUUCAGAGCGGAAAGAAAUCCCUGUCUGACAAGGCACCACAAGUACAUUUGGAAGCACCAAAGCCCAACACAGGAAACCUUCAAGUUCAAGGCACAGACUUAAGCUCCCAGAAUAAUACUGCCCCUACAUUCAUACCAGUUUUCAAAAAUCGAUCCUUGCAGAUGAAUAAAAAGAUCUUAGAACCUGGCAACCUGAAAAGGGAACAGCAUGUUGUUACAGAAUCUAAAUUCUUUUCACUUAAAACUAGUGUGAUCCAAAAUGACAAGCUGAAUUUAGAUCCAGCUAUUAAAAAAAGAUCUAAUCAUAACAUUCAGAUGAAUGCUAGAAAUUUAAAUCAGAAGAUUUCCAGACUUCUGCAAGGAAAAAAUACUGAGUCCUGUGAAAAUAUGACAAAAUAUCCCCCUUCUAAUGGAGAAUCACCAACUGUGAGUUUAAAUGAAAGUAAACACCUCUCUAAUAGUUCAGUAUCUCAUAUAUCAAAUAACAGUUUAGGUGUAAUAAAAAGUGCGGUUGACUUCCAAGUGAAUAGAAAAGAAAAUUUAACAAGGAAAUAUAUAACACAAAUUUUGGGGAAAGGCCGCGAAUCACUAAAAAUGAAAAAACAACCAUACAUUUUUGAAUCAGACACAGAAACAGAAGAUCCCCAACUACUGCAGCCACAAUCAAUAAAUCAGACUAUAAAAGCUGAUGUAAGUGACCACAAAUUGAUGAUAAGCAAAACAUCCCAGAGGUCUAAAAGAAGAUUGUGUCAAGAAUCUUCAAAAGCUUCAAAGAGACCUCAUUCCAAUACUAUCCAUUAUGGACAGUCCAGUUUUCCUAGGAGCAAGAUACAUGAUGUGGACAAAUCAAAAGUUCAGAAAUCUCUCAUCAUUCCUAAAACUUAGAACAUGGAUGUGAAGGAAGGACAGGUAACUUAGGUGACCUAUUUUCCUUUAUUUUUCAUUACAUUAUCUGAACUGGAAUUGCCAUGUUUAGGGAAUCCCCAACCUCUUGGUAAGAAGGAGCUACUUUUAAAUUCUUUGAAGCUUUAUAAUCAACAAGGAAAUAGGAAAUGUUGGGAACAGUGCAGUCCGUUAAUAAGGGCCAUACACAGGGUCUGUUGCAAAUCGUAAAUGACCCCACAGAGGGAUGAGGUGGAUAGAGGUCCCACUGUGGCUGCCUCCCACUCUGCUCCAUGGUCUUUGCAGACUAAGAGGUCAUAGCAGUAGCAGAUGGCCCAAAGAUCCAAGAUUCCACAACCACUGGAACAUGUACCUUUGGGACUUUUACCCAAGAUAAUGUUAGUCAUUAAAAUGUACUCCACAAAAUUGCAGUGCUGGCUAAAGACAAACUUGAGAUUUAACUGAUAGUGCUGAGUCCAAGUCACUGAAUUCAGAAAACCAUGCAUCUGGAAAUUACAUUUUAUUCCAUUCUGCCAUCUGUUUUAUUCUA